GAUGCAGACGGGCUGAUAGGCGAGCAGAUGGAUGCGAUAAAAGCAUUUGUCAGUGAUCCCGCUCAGGAUUUGAUUUACGGUCCGAGAGGGAAAGGUGUGCGGAGGGGAGGACGCACAGCGCGCGGGACUGCUCCUCUCUGCUUCUCUGCUUCUCUGCUCAUCUGACCACUAUCCUGCAGGAUGGAAGGAAACCUUUCUCUGUGGGUCUCCACCCCCGCGGACCCUCUAGAGACCUUCUCCAUCCUCAACUCGUCUGGUCACCCCCCUCCGCCCUGGGAAGCCCCCACCUUCACGGUGGCUGCCCGCUGCCGGGUGGCAGCCACCAUGGUGCUGUUCCUGUUCGCGGCUGUCAGUAACCUGUCGGUGCUGAUCAGUGUGUGCUGGGGGCGGGGCUACCGCCUGGCGGCACACCUCCGCCCACUCAUCGCCAGCCUGGCCUCAGCUGACCUGGUGAUGACCUUCGUGGUGAUGCCGCUGGACGCCGUCUGGAAUAUAACGGUGCAGUGGUAUGCUGGGAACAUCAUGUGUAAGCUGCUGUGUUUCCUCAAGCUGUUCGCCAUGCAGGCCGCAGCCUUCAUCCUGGUGGUGGUGAGUCUGGACCGGUACCGGGCCAUCCUCCACCCUCUGGACUCUCUGGACGCCGGGCUGCGGAACAGACGCAUGCUGCUGGGGGCCUGGACCCUCAGCCUGCUGCUGGCCUCUCCACAGCUGUUUAUCUUUCGGGCCAUUAAAGCCGACGGAGUGGACUUCACUCAGUGUGUCACCCAUGGAAGCUUCCCGUAUCUGUGGCAGAAGACGGCAUACAACAUGUUUCACUUUGUGACGCUGUAUGUCUUCCCUCUGCUUGUCAUGACUUUCUGCUACACCUGCAUCCUCAUCAGAAUCAAUGGGCAAAUGCACAAGAGCAAAGAUGGAGAGCACUGCCUGAGGCGCAGCGGCACAGACAUGAUACCCAAAGCCCGGAUUAAGACCCUCAAGAUGACCGUUGUGAUCGUCAGCUCCUUCAUCAUCUGUUGGACACCGUACUACCUCCUGGGGAUCUGGUACUGGUUCCAGCCAAAGAUCAUCCAGCGCACCCCGGAGUAUGUGCACCACAUCCUGUUUGUGUUUGGCAACCUGAACACGUGCUGCGACCCGGUCAUCUACAGCUUCUACACGCCGUCCUUCCGCUCCGACCUGGCCGACGUGAUGGCCUGCUGCUGCCGUCGCCGGGGCAACAACGUCUCCCCCCGCUCUGUGGACCGUCUGUCCCACCGCAGUGGGGGGGCCGCGGUGGAGAUGGAGUCUGACCUGAGCUCCAACCAGCACAGCGGGAACCCCAGCUGACGACCCACUGAGGAACCACUCAUUGGUGCAAUAUACCCCAUCUUAGUGUCUGAUGCCCGUCCAUCAGUACGGUUUGAACAACUUGUAGCCUCUAGAACAAUAGUCUGACGCUGUGGAACUGUGAUGAGUCAGCAACAAUAGCCUGUUGUAUGUAUGCAUAUAUAUGAUGAACAGUUAUUGCAAGUAUCAAUCUAAUAUAUGCUCAAUAAACGUCUUGAUGGUU